AUGGCGUCGCAAAAUGCUCAACUUCCGGGGUUCUCGCUGCCCCUGAACUUUGCUCCACGGCGGAUGUUUCCUUCCGCACUUCAGUACGAGGACUUGGACAUGGAUAUCGGUCGCAUCAAUGUACAUCAGGAUGUCGUGAUGAUGCGAAUCAUCAAUGCAUUCACGGAAAUGCCAGACUGGCACUCCAAGAUAUACGAGUCCGACGAUGGGGCUCUGAAGGAACUGCUGCGGCAAACCGCGGGCGGCGAAGAUGUCACCCCCAAAAUGACAAGCUGGAUCAUCAAGGAACUCCAGUGGAAAGCUGAGAAUUUACUGAAGACCGGAUACACAUUUUUCCUGGAUCCAGGCGUGUUCAAGUCGGAUUCUAUGAUAACAGCCUCUACCACAAAGGCCCUGAAAGAGGCGUCUCGCUCGCUGGGGCCAGCCAGAGGUAACAGCCCACCCGAAAGCAAGAAAAUGAUCUUCAACCCUGUGGAACCUUCAAUAUGUCCUGUUAUCUAUGGACGUACUCUUACUCUUCCAGACCAGACAAUCGGCGUUGACGAUUGCGUGGAUAAGGGGCAAGGAGUCCUUCUUCCAAUCCCACUAGAGGAACAAGCAUACGACCAAUUAGAUAACCAAACAUUUGACCCAGCAUAUGACCAAGCAUUUUAUACAUCCUGGCUGGGACGUUCAAAAAAGGUGAAACCAUUCAGUCGAAGAUUUCAAUGGCUGCCAUGCGACGUGGCGCUAGGUGAAGACGAAACAUGCCACAUUACUUCUUACAUCAACAAUAUUCCCCCCUGGGAGAACCGGGGCCUUUAUGAAACUAUCUAG